AUGGUUGAAAAAUAUAUGGAGAACAACAAAGGACCUAAUCUAGAGACCAUAUCACUCGACAAAAAGUGGCCUGCAAGCGAUCCCAUUGAUCGGUCCAAAGGUGGCAGUGUGUUUGGUGCCUUUUACAACAUUGUAUGCUGCGUUUGUGGCACAGGAAUGCUGGGCUUAUCGCAAGCAGUUGCCCGUGGAGGAUGGGGUGCCAUUGCGCUACUUCUACUCGCAUGGUGGAUGGCCACAUACGGUUCCAUCAUUCUUAUCAAAUGCUUGUAUCAUCCACGAAGACAAACUAUGCGUAUUGGUACCUUCAAAGGAGUUGCGGAAGACGCAUUUGGGAAGCUGGGUGGAUGGUUGUCUUUUUUUUUCACCUCAUGGGUGCUCUUAGGCACUCCCAUUCUUUAUAUGGUACUGAUUGGGCAAAACAUGAAUCACCUAUGCCGUGGCACAGUUGGUGAAAUUGGUAGCAUCUCAUGGACAAUUAUCUGGGCUGUCAUCAUAACUAUUCCUUUCGUGUUGAUGAAGAAUAUGAAAGAGAUAGCGUGGACAAGCUUUGUGGGAAUGGCGGCAUGCUUUGUAAGCUCGUUGAUGGUGAUCGUUAUGGUGGGUAUCGACUCACCCACACAUGCCGCGGAUGCUGUGCACUCCAACAUUGUUUGGGAAGGUUUUCCAACGUCUCUUGCGACCAUUGCAUUCAGUAUGGGUGGCAAUGUCAUAUAUCCUAAUGUUGAGGCAUCCAUGCGUCGACCUAGGUCAUGGCCAAUCACAGUCAUCACAGCAGUUACCACAUGCGCCAUGUUGUAUAUCGCUAUUUCAAUUCCUGGUUACUAUGUGUAUGGAGAGGAUGUAAGCAACCCGCUGUAUAAUAGCUUACCUGAAGGUGCUGUGAAGCUCGUCGUUAUCGUCCUGGUGACAACCAACAUCCUUGUGAGUGUGCCGAUCUUCCUUAUGUCAUUUACUCUCGACGUCGAGUUCAUGGCCAAUAUCACCGUCGCAAGAUUGGGGAAAUGGCGUGAAUUUGUGUUUAGAGCUAUUAUUCGCAUAUCAAUUAUGGUUUUCUGCACAGUCGUUGGGUGUGUUGUACCAUACUUCGACUUGCUCAUGAGUUUGUUCGGUGCUUUCGGAUAUUGCACAGCCAUUUUCAUCAUCCCAGUAAUGUGCUAUUGGCGCCUAACCGGCUUUCGGAACAAGCCAAUAUGGGAGAACGCGUGGUGUAUGUUGAUGCUUGUGUUUGGCAUAGUUGGUUUGGUUUUUGGAAGCUGGGGUGCAAUGGCGGAUCUUAUCCAGGCCUUCCGUGACGAUGCUGCUUCUGCUACUUCCUAG